GCUGGCGCUGCGGUCAACGUCGAAGCAGCUCAAGCUCAUCAAGCCCCUCGCAACUCUCAAGACCGCAACUUCCAACGCCUUCGCAACCGUCGAAACAACACUACCAAAACCUGAUUCCAAGUUAGAUCUCGGAAGAGAAGUGUUCGAUUCAGAAGAAACAACAUGGAACCUCGAGCGCGCAUUGGCAAGAAUCGGGGACAACAGAACUUCAGUGAUCAAGAUCGUAAGUACAAUGCGCCGCACACUUUGAAGGUCCAGCUGUCUAAUGAGAUCCUAGUCAACCACUUCUUGUUCGCUUUCGGCGAUGUUAAUCAAUCCCUUGAUGGCACCCGCAAGGUCUUUGAUGAAAUCAUGACCGACUUUAUCACCGAGAUCUGCUUCGAGUCUGCGCGCUCCGCUCAACUUGCCGGUCGCCAAAAGGUCAAGUUGGACGACGUUAAGUUCGCUUGCCGCAAGAACCCAGCCUACCUUGGAAAGAUUGAGGAGUCUAUCGACAAGAAGGCCGAAAUCGAUCGUGCUAAGAAGCUGGUUGAUGUAAACGACGACAAAAUCAUCAAGUCUGGAGUCAAGGCAUUGGAGGAGGAGCUUGGAGAUGCUGAUGAUGAUGCCGACACAAACACUGUCGGUGGCAAGAGUGGCGCGGGAAAGUAAGGAUCAGAUGUGAAGUUGUUUCGUUUCUCAAUGCAUUGGAUGGCGUCUUGGAGUCAAUAUACCCGGCGAAAGCCUCUUCUACAUACUGAAUGUAUCGUCGUUUUGAGUUUGUGGUCAUCAAUCACUAGGUGGUUUACUUGACCGUUUAUGUCUAUGGAUUCUCAAUUGUCAGGACAGUCGAGAAUGAUAACAAAAUUCCCAUCAUGGUUUUCCGAAACUAACUCGUUCUUUGCUCUAGAGUAGCCGGCGCAGAAAAGGUGACGAUUUCCAAAGAUUUUUGAGACAUUUCAGUGUAAUCCAUCAUGUCGAACUACUCGUCGAUUCCCAUGUCUCCACAUCUCUGCCCAAUCCCGAAAACCCCCUUUAAUGAGCCUGGAUACAACUGUGAUUGAAGAGAUAUCCGUAAGGUACAACUUCUGAUUGGGACUGACACAAUACUGUUAAUACCCUUAUACAUUCACUCGUUGAAAAGCGCACAUCUAUAUAAGCCACGUCUCAUAUCCUCUUGUCUAGCUCCCUUUCCUCAGCACGAUUUGUUUCAGACCAUUUAACUCCUUCAUCAUAGCUAUCUACCUCUCCAGGUAAAAAUCAAGAACCAUGCCACAUCAAACCAGUCGCUCCUCGUCCCGCAGCCGCGGCUAUAACUUCACCACUGAACGGCCACAUCCUUCAAAUGGUUCCUCAACUCGGCCUACAUCUAACAAUGUCAGGAAUUUCAUGUCAACCAUGCCACCACCACGACCUCCUACAAGUAGUUCUGGCGCUGCCAACCCGCGGUCUUCAAACCAAACUCCCAGUAAUGCCGGAAAUCCCUGGUCUUCACGCCAAACUCCUCAGUACUCAAACAUGAGCAACCUAGGAAAUUCCGUUCUUCCCAAUGUGACUCGACGCCCUGCAAAUAGGACACAAGGACUCACCAUAUUUAAUGUUUCGGCUCACACCCCAAAUGCUGGCGGAAGCAGAGCCCUUCGGAUACCACAGAACUUUCAGGCACCUGUGGUUCCUCCACGGCGAGUUGUGUGGUUUCAGACUACUCAUUCAACAAGUGAAGCUUCUCACGAAGAUAACGGUGACGAUGAGGAUGACGAAAAAGAAGAUGAAGAAGACGAAACUCGUACCGAUGGGGAUACUUGGGGUGUCUACGACCCAACUACUGGUUCCGUAACUUGGUAUAGCACCUACGAAGAUGCACGUGAGCAUCAAAUGAGGGAACAUCGACGUCAGAUGAGACGAUAUCAC